UGCAUUUUACCAUGCAGAUCAUAAAGGAUUUUCUCAACUACACUUUGGAAGAACGCUUCGAAGACUUGCCAAGUGAGGUGCUGCUGACAACCCUCUGGUCCUUGUGUGUGGCCAUCUUCUCUGUCGGUGGCAUGGUUGGCUCCUUCUCUGUAGGACUCUUUGCCGACCGCUUUGGCAGGCGCAACUCAAUGCUUAUAGUCAACCUACUGUCCAUCAGUGGCGGCUGCCUCAUGGCCUUUUCCAAGAUGGCCGAGUCUGUUGAAAUGUUGAUCAUCGGCCGCCUGAUCAUUGGCCUCUUCUGUGGACUAAGCACAGGCUUUGUACCUAUAUACAUUGGAGAGGUGUCUCCCACUGCCCUGCGGGGUGCGUUUGGCACGCUAAACCAGCUGGGCAUCGUGAUCGGGAUUCUGGUGGCUCAGAUCUUUGGUUUGAAAUUUAUCCUGGGCACUGAAGAGCUGUGGCCUGCGCUGCUGGGUUUGACCGUUGUUCCGGCUAUCCUACAAAGUAUUGCCCUUUUAUUUUGCCCUGAAAGUCCGAGAUUCUUGCUCAUCAACAAGCAGAAGGAAAAUGAGGCGAGGGAGAUCCUCCAGCAGUUGUGGGGCAUGCAGGAUGUAGACCAAGAAAUCCAGGAGAUGAAAGAUGAGAGCGCCAGGAUGGCACAGGAGAAGCAGAUCACCGUGCUGGAGCUCUUCAGGUCGCCUAACUACUUCCAGCCCCUUCUCAUCUCGAUUGUCCUCCAGCUGUCUCAGCAGCUCUCUGGGAUCAAUGCUGUGUUCUAUUAUUCAACAGGCAUCUUCAAAGAUGCAGGUGUCCAGGAGCCAAUCUAUGCUACGAUUGGAGCAGGGGUGGUUAACACUAUCUUCACUGUGGUUUCUCUGUUCCUGGUGGAGCGGGCUGGGCGGAGAACCCUGCAGAUGACAGGCCUGGGCGGCAUGGCUGUGUGUUCCAUCUUCAUGACCGUCUCCUUGUUACUGAAGGAUAAGUAUGAAUCCAUGAGCCUUGUUUGUAUUGUGGCUAUCUUGGUCUAUGUGGCCUUCUUUGAGAUUGGACCGGGCCCCAUUCCCUGGUUUAUCGUGGCUGAACUCUUUAGCCAGGGCCCCCGCCCAGCUGCCAUGGCCGUGGCUGGCUGUUGUAACUGGACCUCCAACUUCAUGAUUGGCAUGCUCUUCCCCUCGGCUGCAGCCUACACGGGAGCCUACGUUUUUCUCUUCUUUGCUGUCUUCCUUGUUUUGUUCCUUCUCUUUACCUACUUCAAAGUUCCUGAGACCAAAGGCAGGACUUUCGAGGACAUCACCCGGGCCUUCGAGGGGCAGGCUGUAAAAAAUGCUAUGGAGCUGCAGUCCGCCAAGGAGACCCACGGCAAUGCCUGAUGCAGCCAGACCUCCUUCACCUCCCUCCAACAUGGAAAGCAACCUCCUCUGAAUUGGGGAGACCUCAUCAGGAUGAACCCAGGAUUGCUUCUGAACCGCUGCUAGUUGAUCCUUUCUCACCCCACACACUCCAUGAACACUCAGCUGCACCCAAUGCUGGGGUCAGUCGGAUGUUUAAGUCUUUCAUUUUCUUGGAUAGUUCUCUUGUAGUCAGUCGGGAAAGAGUG